UGAUUUCUAUGAUAAAAUAGGAGGAGGAUUUUAUUAAAAGAAUGAAGUUAUAUGAAAAUAAAUUCAUUUUUAUUACAGAACAAAGUAAAGUAAUAUUAAAGGAAACGGAUUCUUAAUUGGAGUAAUAAAUGAAUUUUCCCAAUCCAGUGUAUGAUGCGAUGGUUUAUAAAGAUUUGUUAAUUACAUCAAUCAGAAAUAUGCCUGUAACGAUAUAGAAAUAAAUUAAGAUAGAUUGCUAUUUAUCAAAAAGAGGAUGGAGAAUGGAAACAAUAAAUGAGACUACAUGAUAUCAAACCUAACUCUGAAAUGUUUUUAGCUCCAUUAGAAAUGAAAAGACUUACUGUAAGAAUGAUGAUUAUAAUUAUUUAGGAAAGCAAUAACUUAAUUGGAUGUGGAAAAGGAUUCUUACAUGAAUAUGAUUUAUAGAAAUUUUAGGUCAUAAAUUUCAAAUGCAUUAACAAUUAUGAUUAUAUUUCAUGUUUAGAUUGUUGUGAAUAAAAUGAAAAUUAUGGGAUAGCAAAAAAUAUUUUGUUAUUGGGUUAAUUCAAUAAAGUCAUUAAAAUUGUUGACACUUAAUAAGAUAAAUAAAUUGGUGAAGCAAGAGUUCACAUUGGAGGAAUAACCCAUUUGAAAUUUGACAAGGUCGAUUCAUUAUUUUUUUAUUCUUGCGCUCGAUUCGAUGAUUAUAUUUAUUAAUGGGUAUUUUAAACUAAUAAAUUAAGGAUUUGAGAAAUACGAGUACAUUUUUAUAAUAUUUUGAAAGGAAGAAUCAGUCAAACUAAAGAAUGAAUUUCGAUAUUAAUCGUAAAAGAGAAUUGUUAGUAGGAAAUGAUGAUGGAACUGCCUAUGUAUAUAAAAGCGAUUUGAAAAAAGCCGAAUAUUAAAUUUCAAACUCAUGUGUCCAUUCUAGUAUUAUUUAAGAUGAUGGUUAAUGUUAUGUGAGCUAUGGGUAAAGAAAGUUUAAUGAGGAAGAAACAUUUUUAACAGGGAUAUAAAAUUUCACAAUCAAUUCAUGAUAUUUGAUAUUUUUUUAACAUAAAAGUAAUUAAUCCAC